GAUUAACUAACGCACACAAUGACAGCAAGCGGCCCGUGCCGCGAACGUGUUGGAUCCUGCAGCCGAAAACUACCACGACGCGGAGUGCACGCGUGUUUUUAUAAAAUUCUGGCAAAAUAAAUAUAACAUCAUGGAAAACAGAUCACCACCUUCUACCAUACGAAAAAAAAGGGCUCAAUGGACUUCGCAACAAAUGGAAAGCGCUGUUAAAAUGGUAGAAAAGGGUAUAUUGUCUACAUAUACUGCUGCAGCUAGAUACAACAUCCCAAGAAGAACCCUACGCAACCAUCUAAAGAGCGGUUCGACUAUACGAAAGCUAGGUCGGUCGGCCAUAUUGAAUACAGAACAAGAAGCUGGACUUGUCAGAAGAAUCAUACGUUUGGCUGAUGUUGGAGUGCCGAUGACGCCAAAGAUGCUGCGCGUACAGGCGUUUUCGUUCUGUAAAAUUAAGAAAAUUCCAAACACUUUCAAUGAUGCUAAAAAUGCCGCGGGGAAGAAAUGGUUGAGGUUAUUUCUAAAACGACACCCUGAAUUAGCGCGUCGUAAAGCACAGAUGAUGAAUCCAGCUCGAGCUCAAAAAUUAAAUAAAUAUAUUGUUAGCGAUCACUUUUCCAAAUACAAAAGCGUGCUGGAUAGACUUGGAAUUGAACAUAAACCUGAAAGCAUUUACAACAUCGAUGAAAAAAAUUGUCGCAUAUCCUUACACCAUCAGCAGGAAGUUCUGACAGCCAAAGGGAAAAAGAGAGUUCAUCAAAUAGCAAAUGAGCAUGCUGAAAGUGUGACUGUGGUAGGCUGCGGAAAUGCUAUAGGAUCAGCUAUUCCGCCAAUGAUACUGUUCAAAGGCAAGAGAUUAAAGCCAGAAUUCCAAGAUAACUUACCUCCAGGCUCUCUCGUGAAGAUGACGCCAAAAGGAAGUAUGACGACGGAAACAUUCAUAGAGUUUAUUAAUCAUUUGAAUAAAUACAGAACAUCAGGGCCAUGUCUCCUCAUAUUUGACGGUGCAAAAUGCCAUCUGGACUUUUCUAUUGUAGAGGAAGCUGAGAAAUGUGGCAUUACUUUAUAUUGUCUUCCGUCAAAUACCACGCACGAAUUACAGCCCAUGGAUAAGUCUGUUUAUCGUUCCUUUGAGCACCAUUGGGACCAAGAGUUGAUUAAAUAUAUCAAUCAGCAUCCCGAACGAACUCUUAACAAGACAAGCUUCAAUGUAAUUCUCUCACAAGUAUGGCCAAAAUGUAUGACUAUUUCCAAUAUCUCGAAUGGGUUCCGCUCUACAGGGUUGUAUCCAUAUAACCCAGAUGCUAUUCCUGAAGAAGCUUUUGCGCCCUCUGCGUUGUCAGAGCUUCCUAAGACUAUGCAUAGUGAGAAUAUUGCUGCAGGCUUAUCUGAUCAAUCGGCAAAACAAGAUAUUUCAAGCGCAAAUGUGGAAGAUUCGGAUGGGUCAGCCACAGAUACUGAGAAUUUGCCACUGUCCUUGUUCUCAAAAAUCAAACCGAAUGAUGGAACUCCGCAUAAAAUAGAUAAUAAUCAAUCAACCACGCGUGAGAUUCAUGAUUUUUUACCAACCCCCAAGUUUAAAGUUAAAACAACUGCUCCACGCAAGAAGUCUCUAAAUUACAGAGCUCAAGAGGUAACAAAAGAUUUGUUUGGUGGUGACGAUGCUACGUCCACAUCACAGAUUACUGUACCAUCGUCAAACGAAGAUGUUCCUGGUACUUCAUCCAUGAUAAUAAUUAGCAGAAAGACACCAAAUUCAGCAUCAGUUACUGACUGUACCCUCUCAGUACAGACUGCUUCCUUGACAGCAGAUAAGCUUAAGGGAUCUAAACCAAAACAUCACGACAAUGCUCCUUCUUGGUACUGUCCAGCUUGUGACGAAGAUCGAGUUGAAGAUAUGCGACAAUGUCCUACUUGUGGCGUUUGGUAUCAUGAACUGUGUGUUGGACUCACACCUGCUGAUAAAAUAUUUUACUGUUCAGGAGAUUGUUUCAAAAAAUAGGCUGAUUAAUAUCUAUUAAUCUUAAAUGCUAUGAAAGUCUGAUCUAAAAUGACCAAAGUAAUUAAUAGGAUCUCAUUUUAUAUAAUAUAGACUAAUAAACUAAAAUAUAUGUAGAAUUUUUAAGUAUUGACAACGUUUUGUAUUAAGUAAGAUGUGGAAUGCCUACUUGUUUCAAUUAAGGCUUUAUUAAGACACAGGGUUCCCAAUAAGGCCAAAGUGACAUUUUAGUUAUUUUUGUUCACAAAAGUGUUAUAAUUGUUUUUAAAGCAAUUUUCUUUCAUUUAUUACAAAGUUUAUUAAAUAAAUAUAAGUAUUUCAAAUC